CUUUUUGCGACAAACUAGGUCUGAAAAUGGCUUCCACCUCAUUUUCCGACUAUCGUGCUCGCGCUGAGUUUAAGCGAACGUCUGCUUGUCGCACCCUGAAACCCCGUUUGGAGAUUUCAUCCCCACCUCUUUCCACAUAUAUACAGACGUUUGGGGUUUGCUUCUCUAUUACACACAGAUAGCCUCUCGACCUUCACGUACUUGACAGAAGAACAAGUCUUCAAAAUGGCGACCAACUCCCCCUAUACCGUCCCCCUCUUGAUCAACGGUAAAGAAGUCACCACGUCUAACGCCUUCCCUGUAAUCUCUCCCUCCACCCACAAAACCAUCUGGAACUCCUCCUCGGCCUCCCUCGAGGACGUCUCAUCUGCCAUUUCCGCUGCACGAUCGGCGUUCCCUUCUUGGUCCAAGACAAAGCCGGCGUUUCGUCGCAACAUCUUGCUCAAGGCAGCCGAUAUCUUGCAAUCGCGAACCGAGGAAUGUGGGAAUUAUAUGAUGCAGGAGACAGGUGCGGAAAAGCUGUUCAGUGCAGGUUUCAAUGUACCGCUUACAGGGGAGAUGCUGAGGGACGUUGCGGGGAGGAUUAGUGGGGUUAUGGGGUCAAUACCAGUGUGUGCGGAAGAGGGGACCAGCGCAUUAGUGGUGAAGGAGCCAUGGGGUGUGGUGCUUGGGAUUGCGCCUUGGAAUGCUCCCUAUAUCCUCGGAAUGCGGGCGGUUCUCUACGCUUUGGCUGCCGGGAACACCUGCAUUCUAAAGGGCUCUGAGCUCUCACCCCGCUGUUUCUGGGCCAUCGGAUCCGUCCUGACCGAAGCUGGUCUUCCACCAGGCGUUUUGAACAUCCUCUACCACCGACCUCAAGAUGCGGCUCAAAUCACCACGACUCUCAUCGAGCACCCGGCAAUAAAGAAGAUCAAUUUCACUGGCUCGACGGCGGUGGGUCGUAUCAUCGCACAAACUGCCGGGAAGAACCUGAAACCCGUUUUGCUGGAACUUGGAGGCAAGGCGAGCGCCAUCGUCCUCGAAGAUGCGGAUUUGAAGAAGGCGGCGUCGCAAUGUGCGCUUGGUGCUUUCUUGCAUUCUGGUCAGAUAUGCAUGGCGACAGAACGAAUCCUUGUGCAUAGAGACAUCAAAGCACAAUUCAUCGAGGCCUUCAAAGGUGCAACUGAAGCCCUCUUUGGUAGCGAAAAACCAGCACCUGUUCUCAUUGCAUCUGCCGGCGUCCACAAGAAUAAACGCUUGAUCUCUGAGGCUGUGAAGGCUGGUGCUAAAGUCGUUCAUGGCGACCAUGAGAAGGAUGAAGCGCACCCAGAGAUAAAUGAGGUUUCGAAGACAAGGAUGAGACCAAUCAUCGUGGAUUGCGUCAAUAAAGAUAUGGAGCUCUACCACACGGAAUCAUUCGGGCCCUCAGUUUCCAUUAUCGAGAUUUCGAACGAGGAGGAAGCAAUGCAGAUUGCGAACGACACUGAGUACGGCCUCUCUGGGGCCGUGUUCACCGAGAAUCUGGCAAGGGGACUGAGAAUUGCCAAGCGGAUUGAGAGUGGGGCAAUCCACAUCAACGCAAUGACAGUGCACGACGAAACGAAUUUGCCGCACGGUGGUACCAAGAUGAGUGGUUGGGGACGCUUCAAUGGAAAUUGGGGAAUCGAAGAGUUCCUAAGAAUAAAGACGAUUACCUACCAGGAGUAGAUCCGCCCAAGUCGAGAUCUAGGGUCCAAAUUUUAGGCAGGUUCCUUUAAAAUGAACUUUCUUUAAAAAAAUAUGUUAUGAAAUACCGCAUGUUAGCAUUUGUAGUGCAACAUUCC